UUUCCGCCUGCGGCGCCGAGUUUAGCUGGCGGGCUACCACCGUCAGAAGCCAGCAGGUGGUGAAGAAAAGAAACAAGGAAGGCCUGGCAGCGUUCUCAGCCCCGCCGGCGCCCUUUUUACAAACUUCCUCCUCGGUCACGGGCUCGUUCCUCACUUUUGACAACCCAGCUGAUCGGGACUGGAUCCAGAUGGGGUUCCCGGGUGCGCGCUUGGGGUUUCUGGCCGCGGCGGUGGUCCUGUUGCUGCGGGGAGGACGCGCAGGUUCCUCCUCCCAUUCGUUGCGCAUUUUCUACACGUUGGUCCUGGACUCCAACCAGGAUGUACCCCAGUAUAAUGUGGUGGGCUAUGUGGAUGACCAGCUGGCUUCACACUUUGACCCCCCCACGAGAAAAAUGUUACCCCAAGUGCCCUGGCUCCUUAACGUGAAGAAGGAGGACUUGCAUUUCUGGGAUUUCAUCUCUCAGAGAGUCAGCACCACGGAGCGCAGGUUCAAAAGCGACCUCGCCAUCUUGCACAGCUAUCACAACUCCAGCAGAGGGAUUCACAGCUGGCAGCGCAUGAUCGGCUGCCAGCUGAGCAAAGAUGGCCACAAACAGGGGUAUUUUCAGUAUGGCUACGAUGGGGAGGACUUCAUCAGCUUGGAUCAGAAAACCCUCACCUGGACGGCGGUCGACGUCCGUGCUCAGGUGACCAAGAGGAGGUGGGAAGCUGAGCCUUUCAUCACCCAGAACACGAAUAACUUUUUGGAGAAGGAAUGCAUCCAGCUGCUUCAGAAGUGUGUGUUGUAUGGAAAGGAAUCCCUGCUGAGGAAAGAGCCCCCGUUGGCGAAAGUAUCUCGCAGGAUCCAGUAUAGCGGUAUGGAGACCCUCAUCUGCGGAGUCUACGGCUUUUAUCCCAAAGAGGUGGAUGCCACCUGGAGGAAGGAUGGGGAAGUCUGGGAGCAGGACACCUUCCGGGGUGGUGUCCUUCCAAACUCAGAUGGGACCUACCAUGCCUGGCUGAGCAUCGAGGUUGACCCGAAGGAGAGGGACCGCUAUCGGUGCUAUGUGGACCACGCCGGACUGCCGGAGCCUCUGAUCUUGGCCUGGGUGGAGCCUGCUUUCGUAAUCAACUUUGGACUCAUUGCUGGAAUCAUAGGAGUUGUGGUGGCCGCGGUCCUCAUUGCUGCUGGAGUGACUGUCUACAUCAAAAAACGUGGCAGAAAUGUAUACAGAGCAGCAUCAGCCACCAGUCAGGAUUUUGAAAGUCCUCAAAUGAGCUGAAGUGUAUACGUUUUAGAAGUAUCUGCAAUUAAAGCAGUCUAUACUCUUAGGUGAAAGAUUUAACCAAAUGACCCUAGCAGUGUACUAGUCCAUUUGCUACAACUAUUGUUUGAUUAUUGAAGUUCACAUACUUUUCUCUCUCAAAUUCCUACCUCGUGAGGUCCACUUGGCAGGGCAAAACAGAGCAAAGAGGAUCUCCACCGAGGACUUGCUGGGAAUCACUACGUAGCUCCUGAAGGAUCUGGUGUGUAGCUUGAAUUUGUUGGUGUCUUACUAAUCAAAAAGAGCUCAGGUUGUUUACAUACUUACCUUGAGUACCAUGAGCCUGUUUCCUAAGAGCAUUCAAAGAAAUAUAAACUAGCCAAACACAGUGGGAUUGCAUGACAUGCUGAGUUGGACAAGGACAAAGAGGGGUGAAGAGAGCCAUUGUGGUUAAACUCUCAGCCUGGAAGUAGGAAGAUCCAGAAACAAGUCCUUCCUUAGUCACGGAAGUUCUCUGGGAGACCUUCUCGCUCAGCCCAACCAACCUCCAGAGCUGGAGAAAAAUUGGAGCACAGAGCCUUGUCCCAAAGGUGCUUUUUCAAGAGGCAAGUGGACUUUCUUAUUUUUUCCUUGAAGACAUUUUAUUAUUUAUUUAUUAAUUUUAUUUCUAUACCGCCCUUCUCCCGAAGGACUCAGGGCGGUGUACAGCCUAAUUAAAAACACAAAGACAGACAAAAUUUAAAAAUAAUUAAAAUUAUUAAAUGAUAGGCCCAAUUUAUAAAACCCCCAAAUUUAAAAUCCCAUAUUUAAAAACCAAUUAAAAUCUUUACAUUGAUAGCUCAGCCUGGCGGAACAACAAGGUUUUGAGGGCACAGCGAAAUACACGGAGAUCAGAGAUCUUACGAAUUUCUGGGGGCAGUUCAUUCCAAAGGGCAGGGGCUGCCACAGAGAAGGCCCUCCCCCUGGGUGUCGCCAGCCGACAUAAUUUGGCCGAUGGCACCUUGAGGAGACCCUCUCUGUGGCCGGUGGGAGGCUACUAGUGGCAGAAGACGGUCUCGAAGGUAUCCAGGUCCAAUGCCAUGGAGCGCUUUAAAGGUGGUAACCAACACCUUGAAUCGCACCCGGAAGACCACUGGGAGCCAGUGCAGCUCGCGCAGGAAGGGUGUCACAUGAUCACAAUGAGUUGCGCCCAUAACCACCCGCACGGCUGCAUUCUGGACCAGUUGGAGCCUCCGGGUGCUUUUCAAGGGGAGCCCCAUGUAGCGAGCAUUUUGGCUUCUCAUCCAAGCAGCUUCUUCAGCUCUGACUGGAUGAGAAGCGAAAUGUCUUCAAAGAAAAACCAGAAAGUCCAGUUGCCUCUUGAAAAAAAAGCACCUUUGGGACAACCAUGACCUGGAUGACUGAGAAGCUCCGUAGACAUGGAGCCUUGAAUUGGAUGCCGCAUAUGCCUAAACGAAAGGUUGGAUAUGAAUUUCACAAAUCUUAUCUACAAUUAAAGGCAGCCGAUUAGGCAUGAUGGGGAAGGCAAGAGGCUAGAAACUGGAAGACUGUGAAUUCCAGUCCCAGCUGAGGCCAGUCAUUCUCUUUCAGCCCUAGGAACAGGCAAGAGAAAGGAUUUUGCAAUUAUUAUUUUUUUAAAAUUUGAUGUAUAUGGCGCCCUUCUCCGGAGACUCAGGGCGGCUUACAAUGUGCUCAGCAAUUGCCAGUGUGUGUGUGUGUGUGUGUAGGUGUGUAUAUACACACACACCAUAUACAUACACAUACAUAUACCAUGUUUCCCCCAAGAUAAGACUGGGUCUUAUAUUAAUUUUUGCUCCAAAACACGCAGUAGGACCUAUUUUCCAGUUAGGUCUUAUUUUCAGGGAAAUAUGGUACUAAAUGCAUCCAUCUGGCUGACAAACUUAACUGGGGCUUAUUUUGGGGGCAGGUCUUAUAUUAGGAGCAUCCUGAAAAGUCAUGCUAGGGCUUAUUUUCCAGAUGGGUCUUAUUUUCAAGGAAAUAUGGUACUAAAUGCAUCUGUCUGGCUGACAAAGUUAACUGGGGCUUAUUUUGGGGGCAGGUCUUAUAUUAGGAGCAUCCUGAAAAGUCAUGCUAGGGCUUAUUUUCCAGAUGGGUCUUAUUUUCAGGGAAAUAUGGUACUAAAUGCAUCUGUCUGGCUGACGAACUUAACUGGGGCUUAUUUUGGGGGCAGGUCUUAUAUUAGGAGCAUCCUGAAAAGUCAUGCUAGGGCUUAUUUUCCAGAUGGGUCUUAUUUUCAAGGAAAUAUGGUACUAAAUGCAUCCGUUUGGCUGACGAACUUAACUGGGGCUUAUUUGGGGGCAGGGCUUAUAUUAGGAGCAUCCUGAAAAAUCAUGCUAGGGCUUAUUUUCCAGAUGGGUCUUAUUUUCAAGGAAAUAUGGUACUAAAUGCAUCCGUUUGGCUGACGAACUUAACUGGGGCUUAUUUGGGGGCAGGGCUUAUAUUAGGAGCAUCCUGAAAAAUCAUGCUAGGGCUUAUUUUCCAGAUGGGUCUUAUUUUCAGGGAAAUGGGUAUACAGUAUGUGUGUAUGCAUACACACACACAAACACAACAUAUACAUACACAUACAUAUAUACAUGCUUCCCAAGAUUUCUGCCUAAUGUGAAAAAAUGGGGUCCAUGGGUAAGCCAUAUUCAUUUAACAACCGGGUUCCUAACUUAUCAACUGCAGUGAUUCACUUAACAACCAUGGCAAGAAAGGUUGUAAAAUGGGAAAAAAUUCACUUAACAAACAUCUCACAGCAACAGAAAUUUUGAGCUCAAUGGUGGUCGUAAGUUGAGGACAACCUGUGUAGAGAUUUAGCAUCAAAUAAACCUGCAUAUUCAUUGGAA